AUGUUUAGUGCACCUGUAACAGCUAUUAAAAUUCUUCCUAAUUCUCGAAUAUGUUUAGCUGGUACUGGUCCUUAUGUACUUGCUUUUGAUUUGACAACAAAUCAUCAAUUAUUACAAGAGAAAAUCUUAGUUGAUUCAAUUGUACAUGGUUUUGAAGCUCGACAAAUAGCAAAAGAUACUGAUCAUUCUUCAUAUAUAAUUGUUGUCUUUGGGCAACGAACAUUUUCGAUCAUUCAAUGGUCUUCAACAUCUCGUUCUUCAUUAACAACAAUGAUACCUCAAAUACAAUGCCCUUCCUGGAUAAUAAGUGCUCUUAUUGUUGAAUCUUUAACAGUUCUAUUUGGUACAGCAUUAAAUCAAAUAUAUCGUUAUAAUAAAUCAUUAGAAUUGAUUCAAUCAUUUAAAUAUACAACACUUUAUUCAUCAUGUCUUUUUCAUCAUAUGAAUGAAACUGUUAUAUUUGCAGCUGGUACAGUUUUUGGUCAAUUAAUUUUAUAUGAACAAGAUUCAAAUGAUAGUUUUCAUGAAAAAUCAAAUGUUUCACAUCAUAAUGGUGCUAUAUUUGGAAUAUCAUAUUAUGAAAAUUUUCUUUGUACAGUUGGUGAUGAUCGUACAGUAAAAUUAUAUAAAUUUCAUAAUAAUCUUGAAUUAUUAGCUUCAUUUGUUGCUCAUGAAGCACGUAUAUGGCAAUCAUGUUUAACUUCAACACAUAUUUUAACAUGUGGUGAAGAUUCUUCUAUACGUUUAUGGUCACAUAAAUCAACAGGUGAAAUAUUACGUUGUUUUUCUGUACAUCGAUGUAAAAGUGUUUGGUGUAUGGAUAUAUUAAGAGAUAAUGAUAAUAAUAAACCAUUAAUUAUAAUUAGUGGUUGGAGUGAUGGUGGUGUACGUCGUUAUCAUCUUGAUGAUGUACCUAUUGAUACACAGGAAAGUAUUAUAUUAAAUAAUAUACUUCAAAAUGAUUUUCCUCGAAAUAUAAUUUUUUUAAAUUCUAUUAUAAUGAUUGUUCAAAUGAAUAGUGGACAAUUAUUUAAAGUCGAUCAACAAAAUAUAACAUUAUUUUAUGAUGGUAGAAAUAUAUUAAAAAAUGGUUAUGUUAAAAUGAAUGUUGCGAAUGAUGGAAAUCAAUAUCUUGCUAUUGGAUCAUUAAAUGGUUAUGUACUUAUAUUUGAUCAAUAUGGAAAUAUAAUAAAUGAAUUUCAAAUAGAUAUUAAUAGAAAUAAUAAAAUUUUACAAAUGUUAUGGUUAAAUAAUACAUUAUCAUCGAAAUUACUUGUUUGUAUUCCAGAUGGAAUUAUGUUUGUUUACAAUAUAACUAAUCGACCUGCAACAGUAGAUCAUUAUUUAGAAGUUUUACCUGAUUUUGAACAACGUUGGCCAAAUACAUGUGUAUAUCAUGAUCAAUAUAAUUUAUUACUUAUUGGUGAUCGACAAGGAAAUAUUCUUUCAUAUGAUUUAAAUAAUCAAUUAAAUUGUUCAAUAUAUCAAAAAUUUGAACGUUUACAUGGUAUAAAUGGUACAUCAUCCAUUGAUAUUGAUAAAAAUACAAAUCUUAUACGUUCAUGUGGUCGUGAUGGUUAUAUAAAUAUAUUUUCUAUAGAUAAUGAACAACGAAUAUUAAUUCAUCAAUCAACAUUUACAAUAACAUCAGAUAUAACAUGGCUCGAUCAAUUUAUAAAAUAUCCAUCAUUAAUAACAUGUUUUACAACAAAUAAUUUUUCUUUAUAUACAUUAGAUGAACAAACAAAACGACGUUUAAUGCAUGUUGAAUGUGGUGGUGGUCAUCGUAAUCAUGAUUUUUUUAUUGAUAGAAAUCUCAAUGCUUAUUUUGUUUAUAUAAGAAAUAAACAAGUUUAUUUAGCAAAGAAAAAUUUAAUGAGAAUAUUAAGUGAAGCAACAUGUUUAUCAAUGAUACCACCGACACAUGGAACAGAAAUUCGUUGUGCUAAAUUAUUCCAAAUUAAUCAUCGUUUAUAUAUGAUUACUGGGAGUGAAGAUACACAAAUUAAAUUAUUUUCAUUUCAGAUAGAAAAGUCUUAUUCAAAAUGUGAACAUAUUUCAACAUUACAAUCUCAUUUAUCAGCUGUUUGUGAUAUUAUUGUAAUUGAUAAUUUAUUUUUUUCAUGUGGUGCACGAGCACAAAUUUUUGCUUGGCAAAUGAAAAAUAAUAUUGUUAUUCGAUCUGGUCAUUUUAUGCUUCAUCCAUUACGGCGACGUCAUGGUGGCGGUGGUGGUGGAAAUAUUAAUAAUGAUGAAAAUAAAAACGAUAAUUAUGAUGACGAUCAUGGAUUAGAUGUUAGAUUUACUAGUAUUGCAGCUAUUCCUAUGGUUGAUAUUGGUAAUUAUUUAUUAUUUGUAACUGCAUCUGAUGCUAUAUUACGUAUCUUUCGUUAUACAAGUUCAUCUAAUCGUUUUACUUUACUUCAAACAUCUACACAUUCUGAAUAUUGUCAAUUACGUGUAAAAGUUUAUUCAAAACGUUAUAUUGCAUUUGUUUCAUCAACAGAUGGUCUACUAUGUGCAUAUGAUUGUUUAACAUUAGAUAAUACAAUACGUUCAACAUCGAUUAAACUUCAUCAAUCAGGAAUUAAUGAUUUCGAUUUAAUUGAAAUAAUUGAUAAUAAUCUUCUUCGUUUAGCAAGUGUUGGUGAUGAUGGUUCUGUACAUGUUUCUAUUUUUGAUAUUAACAAUUGGAUUUGGAAACGAGAAUAUUCAAAAGAUAAUAUUCAUCAAUCACCAGCAACAGGUAUUCGUUUUUUAAAUCAAACUAUGUUUGUUUCAAUUGGUAUUGAUCAAAGACUUAAAUUAUGGACAAUUAAAAAUGAUGAGCAAAUAUUAGAAUUAACAAAAAAUUAUUUAGUUGAUAUUCGUGAUAUUCUUUCAAUGGAUAUGAUUUUUUGUGAUGAAAAGAAUGAAUUUGUUAUUGUUAUAGUUGGUGCUGGUGUUCAAACAAUUCAAUUUGAUUUAACAAAUUGUUUGUUUUAUUCAUAG